AAGCCCUUUAUUUGUAGAAUAUCGCCGCCAUUUUUUUUCCUGUUACAGAGAAGUAACACUCAUGUGGCAAACAAGUUGCUAUAUGGAUUAUUACUAGAAAGAAAUUACAGACUCAACAAAAUCAGGGGUUGUCAACAGAUACAGUUAAAUCACACUACUGCAAUGGAAACAAGAGAAAGCAGUCCUAAAAUUGGUUGUACAAUAAGGAAUCAAAAGGAUCCGUAUCAGAUUCAGUGCGCUUUUUCAACGGACCCAGAAGAUAAACGAGACUUUUCUGUCUACUUUUAUUAUCCUGAUGGACGGCAAGAGCUAAUGGUUCGUUGUACACACAACGAAGGAUACGACUGCGCCGUCGCACAUGAGGGUCUCACUAUCACGGAAGAUCUCAUCAUCUCAGUGUCUGAAACGUUUUCGGAACAAAACGGAAGCUUUGUUUGUCGGAAUGGAGGCCUGCCAUUGGAUGAUUUUCCAUGUUUUUACUCAGGUAACAGUGUGAAGCCUCAGGUCAGCUAUGGCAUUGAAGAAAAUGGAUCCAACACACUUGAUAAGCCUGAAGAUUGUGGAACCAAAGAUCUUGCAGUAACUAUCGGUGCUGUUCUUGGAGUUGUAGUCCUAAUUCAGUUCCUGGUCAUUGGCUUUCUGCUGUUCAAGCAAUACACGCUUAAAAAGCGUGUCAACAAAUACAAAUCUCGAAAAGAGACUGAAUCUUUCAUCGUGCCUGAACAAAACGUGCACUGUGUGGUCCCAACUGUAUCCAUCAAGGAUUACGUUUCUGAGAACGAAAAUGAAUCUAGCGAGAAAAAACAAAUUAACGAGACGCGAUGGAGCUUUCUAAGUAAUGACGACCUGAAACCAGAUGAACCAUUGAAUGCAGUCACUUUAUGGGACUGAGUAAGAACUUGGCCCCAAGUGUUACGCAGCGUAAAGGUUUUUAGACGUGAUUAUUGCAAGAUAUUGUCAAACACCAGGCGGGUCUACCAGAGUAAAAAUUUUGAUGACUGGGAAACGAUUGGCAAACCUAUCGAGCUGUCUUCGUAGAUGUUUUCUUUAAUUAAACAAAAAAAGUCCCAUGAAAGCAGACAGUGAUGGAUCUUCUAAUCUUCUCGUUUUCAUUU